AAUGCGGUUGAAAAAAUGAAGAUGAUAAUCCAUGGAAACGGAAAAAUUUUAUUUAUUAUUUCCAGUGGAAUCGAGUGCAAGGAUGAGGUGUACAGCGUACGUCAGUUGGAAGCGCGCAGCGCUGUCGAGGAGCUAGAGAAAUCCUCAAAAUCCCAGGAGGACGUUAUCCUCCCAGUCCUCGCGCCAAUCGAAUCCGAAAAAAUUCCAGUCGAGGUUGAGCCCAUCAUUCCUGUCAAACGCACAAGACCCCAGACAGUUACAGCAUCUCUUUUCAAGGAUCUCGAGCCAGAAGAGGAUAAACCACUCCCCAGGAUCAACAAUAUCACCGAAGAACGCAAAGGGAAACGAUCCCCUUGGCUAUUCCAGGAGAAACCAGUUGUGGAUUACGACCCCUCACGCCACCGAGGUCUCACCCGUUCCCAAAUCCCCAGGAGUCAGCAAUCGCAGGACAAUCACCUGUUAACAGGUACCUGCAGGCCACCACCGCAGACAGCGACAGCCAGUAUCUUCGCUCCUCGCACCGAGGAGAUGAACACGGGUUUUCUGAUCUUCAGUGAGGAUCAACCAGGAUUGACGAUGUUGAAAGACGAGCCAGAGGAUCUGACGCACUUGGCACCAACCCCAGGUGACGUCUGUGUUCCCUUGGAAGACACACCAUUCCUAUCAGACAUGCUGGACGAUUUUAUCCUGGGAAACGAGGUGUACUGUCCCCUGCUGAGUCCAUCGCUUCCCCCGGAUCUUCCCAGUGGUCCAGACCUCUCUGACGACACCGACAAGACCGAUACCCUGGUGGAUCCUCUGAACGCCUCCAUCGCCGAGACAGAUCCCUUCUUCUACAAAGACACAACGAGUCCUGGUUGCAGCCAAAAAUCAGAAUCAGGUCUUCUGACACCUGUACUGAGUGGUAGCCCUUCACCGCAGAGUCUUGACUCCUCGCUGCGCAGUCCUGGAGAUGACAGUACACCUCUCGGCUCAGCUAUAUCAGAGGAUGAUAUGUUGAUGCUGAGUAUCAAUGAUGUCAUUGCUGAUGAGGAAUUAGCACUCAGGGCUCCCUACAUACCCAUGUCUGAUCAGGACGAGGCACUCCAGAUGCUCAUCAGUGAUGAUAUGGUCAUGUGGGGACCUACGGAGGGCUCUGAUAAAAAAAUCAAAUGGGACACUGAGGACGAGAUGUCCAGGCGCUACGCAGACUCCAGUCUAGCUAAAUUGCUGAAGAGUUCAGGUGAUGAUUUAGAGAGAAAUGUUGUGGAUCCAGUUCAGGCGUUGGGACAAACGUGUAGAAGAGGAGGAUCUAAACGUCAUCAUGGGACGAACUCUCUGCACACCGGUACGCAGACAAAACGCAUAAGAUCGACACAAGAGACUAAAGAACGUGCAACAAUCACUGCCAGUAAAAUUCCAACAGAUUUGUCACCAGUUGUCACUGGUGGUGAUACAACGGUGACAGGAAUAAAUCCACAGGUCAGUACGAGACUUCAGGAUAUUGAGGACAUGAAGAGAGCCAAUCUGAUGGAUCAGCUGAUGGGGGAGACUUCUGAGGGACAGAGCUCCACUGUUUUUGAAGGGAGAAGAGAGGAAUUCAAGGAGGACGAUGGAGGUGGUGGGUUUAAUGGAAAAAAUGUCAGGCAGUCUAACAGCGUUCUCAUGAAUCUACUUGUUUCUGGAUGCGAUGAGAUGUACGUGGAUUCAUCCCGUGUACAGCUGAAAAAACGUCAACCCCUGAUGAUAAACACCGAGGAACACCACGUAAAUAUCUCUACGAAUUAUUUGACAGCUUACACGAUGAACCCAGAGUCACCAAGUCCAAAGAAACUCCUGGAGGAGAGCAUAUCAUCGCACAUGAUCCCCACAAUUAAUCCCCAAUUAAUGGAGAUGAAUGAUUACACCUACAUAGGCGAUGGGACACCCCUAUCCCCAGGUUCAGAGCUCCUCAGAGUUCUCAGUGAAGUCUAGAGGGUGAUUAAGGUAGAAAUUAAUAUAAUCGUGGCCUUAAUCCACUGUCUCACGAAAUUUCGAUAAACAAAUAGAACUCCGACGAGUCAUUUAGCCCUCAUUAUCACUUCUAGAUCAUCUCCAGGGGCUGGAGCCUGAUAUCAAUUUUAAAAAAUGAAUAAACGCAGUGCACCAUACGAUUUUAUCUAAAAAUCUCGUCCUGUUCUGUCGAUUUAUCAACAAAAAGCCAUUGUAUAUUUUCUAUUCUUGUUUUUUAGUUGUCGAUGCAUUUUUCGAUUACCUACCGAAUUAUUGUUUUUAUUUUUAAGGUUUUAAGUGAUCGAUAAAUUGAGUAAUGAAUUCUAAGUGUAGAUUUAUUUAAGAGUUAAGGGAGAGAUGAAUAUUCGAGUUUCGAGGGCUCUGGAAGAAAUGAGAAACUUGUUCUCUUGUUUAAUCAAAUGGUAAUUAAUUACCGAUAAUUGAAUACAUAAUGCAUAUGUGUAACAAAUAUUUUCAUUUCAUAUAAAAUUGUAUACGUUUUUGUCCCAAUGCGAGACACCGCAUUCGGUGCAAUUACCAAUUUUUUAUAUUGAAUUAAAAAUUAUCUCCAUUAA